UGUGGAAUUGCCUCUGGUGGAAGAAGGGUGCCCUCAAGCAUGGGAGCUAUACUAAAGCUAGUUGCAGCCAUCGCUGUGGUAGUGAUUGGUGCUCAAACAGUCAGAGUAUCAGCAUUACAUGACAGAUGUCCUCAUGUGACCGUAUCAUGUCGUUUAAUCACUCUGGAGAGCGGUGAGACUGUACAGUUCAUCCCGAAACUCGUGCAACCCGAUCAAAAGUGGUCAAAAUCCGACCUCCCAGCAGGCUACCUGAUUCCUGAUGAUGUCCGGCGUUAUUAUUGCACAGAACCAGCCUGCCGCUCUAACCCUUGUUUUAAUGGAGGCAAUUGCGAGGAGACGGACACAGGAUUUACUUGUCUCUGCUUAGAUGGCUACCGUGGUGAAAGAUGUGCAGAAAAUGUACCCAUCUCCUCGUUAAAGCUUCUUGGUGAAAAGAUAAAUGAAGGAACACUUUCUUUAGCGUCCCACUCCAGUCCUAACACGUACGUGCUGGUACAUCAAGAUCUUUGGAACAGGAACUUAUCCCAAUUGGCAUGCCAGUAUCUAGGGUUUGAAGGAGUAUUUGCGACGUUGAGCGGUCCACUGUACGAGUCCUUGUCCGUCGAUGCUCCAGCUGAAGCCGAAUCAGUGAUCUGCCCUCCUAAUGCCACAAACAUCACAGACUGCUGGUUCAAUGAGACUAGAGUGGGACGGAUAAACGAGAGUGAAAUUAUUUCCAUUGUGUGUUGCCCCGUGAACCCGUGUAAUAUAUCUGGUCAACCACUCGGCCUUGAAAGUGGUGAUCUUCCCGAUUCUGCUUUAUCUACAUCAUCCUGCUACUUGGAGUCCUAUUGCAGCCGUUUUGGCCGCCUGAACUCUGAGGCAGCCUGGAUCCCAGAAUCUUCCGACAAAUCCCCAUGGAUGCAGGUCCAGUUUGAGUCAAGUUAUAUCGUAACGGCCAUAACGACUCAGGGUAUAAAUGAGUCUGAUCAGUGGGUGAAGUCAUACACCCUUUCGUCUAGUUUUGACGACAUGACUUGGACUAAGUAUUUGAACGUAUACUCUAGAGAAGUUGAGAUAUUUCCGGGAAAUUAUGACCGUGGUUAUGUGACUCACAUGCUUGCUAGGCCGGUAGUUGGACACUCUUUCCGGAUCCAUCCGAAGACUAAGUUCGUAGUCAGAUCGUAUGUAGCGUGCGAUGGGUUUAACUCAAAAAUCUCCCUCACCCAAAUCCUCUCCGAGAGCGGAGGCAAGCUCAAGACAUUUCCAGGUGGGCCAUCGAAUUUCGCUGCAUGCGACAUGUUUCACUGUGUCAGUUGGUUGGUAGUGGCACCUUAUCCGGUGUAA